CAUGAUGCCAAUAGCCCGCCUACGUUAAAAGAGGGUUGAGCUCAACGGGCCCGUUACCGUAUUGCCAUUGGUCCGCACCCAAUGUCACGUGAUCCUCACCAAAGUGAGUGCCCGCUUCCUCCUUUUACUGGUGUCCAAAGAAAAGGAGACAGUAGUAACAACAGAGACACGCCACGAAGAACGUUUUUGGAGAGAAGUGAAAAAGAUCGUGUGGGAUUUCAAAGUAUAACCAUCCUCUCUCUCUCUCUCUCUCUCUCCACCCUCUCUCACUCUCUUUCUCUCGCUUCAUCUCUUUAUCUCUCUCUCUCUCUUUCUUCAUUUCUUCUUUUUGCUCUUUCUUCAUCUCUCCUUCAUUUCGCCACUCGAUUCCGUUCGAUCGGAACAGUACAAGCUCGACAAUUGUUGUGAAUAUUUCUUUGCAAAUUGUAAAUGAAAAUUCACUCGUGGAAAAAUAGUGUUUUUCAGUGAAUUGUGUGAAUUUUAAUCUGGAUAAUUAAUGUUCGCAAUUAGUGAUUGAAUAUAGUGAUGAUAAAUAGUGCAAGGAUCAAUUAUUGUCCCGUUUGCAAUAGUUUGGAACCAAUUCGGUGUGCUCAGUAUCUAAACAAUCGAGUUGAGACAAUUAGGGGACUGGUUGUCUUCCCUUAAUUUUUUAAUAGUCCAGUGGUUCAAAUCCUAUUCCAAAGGUUGAUAUUAAUAAAGGAAAAUUUUAAAAAGGUUUCAAAGGGAAUUUUAAGGAACCUUCAGAGGGAAUUUUAAAGAAAAUUCCAAGAAAUCUCCAAAAGGAACUUUAAGGAAAUCUCAAAAGGAAUUUUAAAGAAAUCUCAAAAGGAAUUUUAAAGAAAUCCCAAAGGAAUUUUAAAGAAAUCUCAAAGGAAAUUUUAAAGAAAUUUCAAAGCAUAUUCCAAGGAAAUUUCAAAGGGAAUUUUAAAGUAAUUUUGCAAAAGGAAUUUCGAAGAAACCCCAAAGGGAAUAUCAGAGAAAUUUCAAAUGAUAUUCGAAAAAAUCUCAAAGGAAUCGCAAAAGGGAUUUCAAAGAAAUAAAGGGGAUUUUAAAGAAAUUUGAAAGGACAUGCUAGAGAAAUCUCAAAGGAAAUAUCAAAGAAAUCUCAAAGGGAAUAUCAAAUAAGUUUCAAAGGAUAUUUAAAAUCGUAAAGGGAAUUUCAAAGAAAUCUCCAAGGGAAUAUCAAAGAAGUUCCAAAGGAUAUUUGAAAAAACUCUCAAAGGGAGUUUCAAAGAAAUAUCAAAAGGAAUUUUAAAGAAAUCUCAAAGAAAUCUCAAAGGGAAUUUUAAAGAAAUUUCAAAGGACAAUUGAAGUCGCAAAGCGGAUUUUUAAAAAAUUGUAACGACUAUUGAAGAAAAACCUGCAAAGGAAGUUUUAACGUAAUUUUUCAGGAACGUUAAAGGAUUCAAGGAAGGUUAUUUCAAGGAAUUUUGAGGAGAAAUUCCCCCUUUUUGGUACAUUUGUGAAAGACACCCGUUUUGCGAUUGAUGCGAGGACAACAAUUGAUUCAUCAAGAGGAGGGUCAUUAUCGGCAGCAUUUGGAACAAAUUGAGGGUCUAAUUGGGGAUAAGGCGAUUGCAUCAGUGAAGACGAGGUCCCCGACGCCCGUCCUGGCGAACGACGGAGGGGGUGGUGGCUUCUGGCUGGCCUCGGUGGCCGCGGGGGCCGGGGCUGGAGCCGUUCUGCCCCCGCACGGGGCCCAUCCAUCAGUGAUGGACCCAAAUUGUGGCUCAGCCGAAACUGGCUUCAUCAAUAGUCAACCAUCAAUGGCCGAAUUUAUGACGGCAUUGCCCCAAUUGUCGAGCGAUGGUCCUCUUCAGCAUUCGCCAGGCGCUGUUGGACCAAUGAGUCCUAAUGCAGGACAUCAUCCCGGUUAUCAUACAAUGAUUGAUCCACACGGUGUCGCGGAUCCCUCGGGUGUCAACGUUCCCGAGUACCCGUGGAUGAAGGAGAAGAAGACCACGAGAAAGAGUAGUCAGCAAGAAAAUGGUCUUCCAAGGAGAUUACGAACAGCUUACACGAAUACUCAACUAUUGGAAUUAGAGAAGGAAUUCCAUUUUAAUAAAUAUCUGUGUAGGCCAAGACGGAUAGAAAUCGCUGCAUCGUUAGAUUUAACGGAAAGGCAGGUGAAGGUUUGGUUUCAAAAUCGAAGAAUGAAGCAUAAAAGACAGACCUUGACGAAGGAGGAUGGUGACGAGAAGGACGGAACAUCAUCGGAUGGUUUGGAGAAGCCGAAGGGUGAAAAAAUGUUAUUAAUGGACGACGAUGAGAAGAAGAGCUGCCACAAUUGUGAUAUUUCGGGGGUAGGUGAUGUGGGCAGUACUCUUUCCGGUGAAAUUGGUGAACUCUCUUCAGGCCGAGGGAGUAGCAAUAAUAACAAUACGCCUAGUGCAACAAACAACAACACAGGUUUCAGUACCAACAGUAAUGGAGCAAGUAGUGUAGGUAGUACCAACAGUGUUUCCAGUUCCUUCGAGAAAAUGAUAGUGGACGACGACGACUCCCGCUCACAAGAUGGUAGCGAAGUGACAUCGCCAAGUCUAGUUAAAAAAUUAACAGGCGAAGUUCGUGUGAAAAUCGAAGCCGGUCACAAGAGUCCAAAUCCAGUGAAGCAUGUCGGUAAAAAAUCACCGUCGACAAAAGAUGUUUGCUCUGUUAAAAGUAACGGAGUACUUCUUGCACUGCCAGACUCGACAGUCAGUACACUUCCAAGCCAGGGUUCAUCGACUAGAAGUCUUACGCCUUCUUCAACGCCUGGAACGCCGGCUUCGAUCCAACUUCAACAGGGAAGUCCCCUAGGUAUCCAAACCCCUCACAAUUACAUGCAACGACCUAGAAGUUCUCCAUCCUCCACAACUUCGACUCUCUUAGGCGGAUCUUCUCCUCACAAUCGAAACAUACCUCCGAAUCAGUCCCAUUUUCAACAGACCUAUCAACCAACCACUGGAGUCGACUACCGGAAUGGCCUACCCAGACAAUCCGUACAACAAAAUAGUCAAAAUAGUACCCAACAUACUUCACAUACCCAACAUACUUCACAUACUCAACAGACGCAACAGACACAACAUUCCCAACAAUAUUGCUCAAGGGACUCCUAUCAACAGAGGCUACCCUACGGAGGGGAAAUCCAUCCCAUGUACCCACAAGUCAGACAAACUCAACGAACCAACCAAACAAGGAGUCAUCAAUCGAACCGAUCGGUUUACAACUCAAUGCAGUACCAACAGCACCAACAGUACGGAACACCAGGAGAGUAUAACGGAUACUCCCAGGGCUAUCACACCUACCACAGGGGCAUGCAGAACAGUUCCUAUCAAGCUUACCCUUCUGGUCAAACCGAACAAGACAGUUACUACUACCCCAGUUCAUAUCACACCUCUGAGACACUCAAUUCCCACACACAUUCUGCGAUAAACGGACAAUACUACGGAGAAGUACAGCAGCAACAACAACAACAUCAACAGAAUUCCGACUACAUUCCGACUACUCAUUCGUUACACAGUAGCACUGAUUAUAGAACGGGGAAUAAAUGUCAUUAUUACGAGCAAACAAAUCAGAAUAUGCACAUUCAUCAAGGUGGUGAGGCAUCGAAUAUACCGAAUAGUUAUGUCUCCUCACCGGAUCCAUUCCCAGCGCCAGGUAUUACGACAACUGCAACUGCAAUUGCUGCGGCGACUGCAGCUGUUAUCACUCCGCCCUGCAAUAGUUCGACGGGACAACAAAAUGACACGAAUGCUGAAGCAUAUGGUAACUUUGGCAAUUACUAUAAUGAACAGGUGCACAAUAAUGCUCCGCCUCCAUCGGCUGACAAUAGUAACAGUUCGUCUGAUUUCAAUUUUUUGAGUAAUCUCGCUAAUGACUUUGCUCCUGAGUACUAUCAGCUUAGCUGAGUUCACGAUAGUGAAAAUCAAUUGGACUGGUGUGAUGAACAAUAUCUACUUAAUGAAUUGUAUUGAAGGGGUAUGAGUGUUUUAAAAAUUAUUGGAUGAUACUUUAGGGAUCCUCUACCUUGGACGUUGAACUAAAUGCUGCUAAAAUUAAUCAAUCAAAAUCUGUAAAAAUCGAAGAAUAUAUCAUUUCUAAAGAAGAAAAUAAAAAAGAAUUUUUAGCAAUGUUUAUUUGUUAGGUUGAUUUUCGCUUACAAGAGAAUAAGGAUCUUAAAGAAAAAGUUACUUGUGGAAUUUUUUACUUGGCGCUACAGAAUUGGUAUAGAUGAUUGUAAAUCCGAAUUUAUUUUUGGUGGGGAAAUUUUCUAGUCCAGGGUGCGAUUUUGUAAUUUGACUUUGACUUCUGAUUCAAAUUUGACAUUGACAAUAAUAGCUUUAAAGACUUUCACUAUGACUUUGAGUUUAAAAGUAAAAGUCGAAGUCGAAGUGAACGUUAAAAAUAAAGUCAAAGUUAAAAUGAAAUUCAGGUCAAAGUUCAAAAGAAGGUCAAAGUCAAACACAAAGUAAAAAUAAAAAUAAUUUUCAAAGUCAAUGUCGAAGUCAAAAUCGAAUCGAAAAUCAAAGUCAAAUUGCAAAAUCUGCAGCAAGCUUACCCUGAAAAUUUUUAAAUUUUUAUUUCAAAUAUUUCUUAUUAAUAUUUCUUAAUAUUUCUUAUUUCUUAUUUUGAGGAAGUAAUCUUCCUCAAAAUUAAACAGAAAAAGAACUUUUAUUUUUAAUAUAAAUUUUGACUUAUCUUUCUAUUAUUUUAACGAAUAGAACUUGAAAUGUUAUAAAUUUAUUUCAUUGAAUCGUAGAACAGUCGAUCUUUUU